CGCUCCCUCCCGUCCUCGCCGUUUAACGCAAGUCCGUGAUGGAGGCCGUUAUGAAACCUUCCCGGAAGGCUCCGCCGUGCUCGGGCUGGUUUCCACAAACACUCAGAAAGUGCGCAGGGCUGCUGCUGGUGUACGUGUCGCUGCUCGCCGCUGACAGAAUGACAGAUAAGACCGAGCUGCCGAGCAGAGAGCGGGCUCUGAAGGGAAGGGAGGAGAGAAUGGUCGUAGCAGACAAGCAUGCCGUUAACGGGAAUCCCGCUGUGGAGCCUUUUCCAGGAGGCAUGGAAACCAUCAUGUUUGGAAUGGGCUGUUUCUGGGGAGCUGAGAAGCUGUUCUGGCGGCUUCCAGGAGUCUUCUCCACCCAGGUGGGCUUUGCCGGGGGCUUCACACCCAACCCGACCUACAAUGAAGUCUGCACAGGUCUAACGGCCCACACUGAGGUGGUGAGGGUGGUCUUCUCCCCUCAAGACAUCAGCCUGGAGGAACUCCUCAGACAGUUUUGGGAGAAUCACGAUCCUACACAAGGUAUGAAGCAGCACAAUGACAGCGGUACUCAGUAUCGUUCAGUCAUUUACCCAUCCAGCCCAGCUCAACAGGAGGCUGCACUGAAGAGCAAGGAGGCCUUCCAGAAGGAACUGGAUAAGAAAGGCUACGGUCCAAUCACUACUGAGAUCCUGGAGGGACAGGAGUUUUUCUACGCGGAGGACUACCACCAGCAGUACCUGAAGAAGGUACCCAAAGGAUACUGCGGCCUUAAAGGGACCGGGGUUUACUGUCCCACUGGAGGCAGCAAGGAGGAGCUGUGUGGACCAGGGCACAGGUGCAGGGGCACACGGUCUCAAUCAGAGCGUCGGGGCUCCAGGAACCAGAGCACAGCGGCGUCUCUGUGUUGCCCAGAGAAGUGCAGCCUUGUCUGGGUUCCUGCAUCUGCGGCUUGGGGGCAAGCUGGGGAGAGAGGGCAAAUCCUGGUGGCCCCUGCAAGCUGGUUAAACUCCAGGUCUGAUCUGUGGGUGAUGAUUCAACGCCAAGGGCGAAGAAGUAAAUAAACGCAGCUACUGUGCAUGUAGUUAUGUGAAAGUUAAUAAAAAGGUUAUCUAAAACAGGUUUGUGUGGCGCGGCGAGCUCACACAUGUUCACACACACAAUGGUUUUUAAUUCCACUGAGGAAAUGUGACAGAGUUUGUUCUCUGCCCCUCUGGGACUGGAGCCGUGUUUCGGGUGGAGGGCAGCACGUGCUACAGGGCCCAGUUGACUACUAACUGGCCCACAGGCUUUCUGGCUGACGGCCCACUCUGUGACAUGCCGCACCUGUGAGCCUGUGUGUUGUCAGCCAUGCUAGCUAGCUCAAGCUACCACCGCAUGACACACAGGAAACCCAGAAAUAACUGCUGAGUGUCUUCGGUGCAGUUACUGUGCACUGGGGGCGUGCUGCUGACAGAAAGUGGCUGAAAGAGGCAUUAAAGGAACAGGAAUACCGGCUGGAACGGUUCGGAGCGUUAGCGUUUGGGAGCAGAAAGAGAAAACUGGAAGGGAAAGUGAAACACGGAGAUGCUCAGCCUCUCUUGCACCUGUGCAUGUAGCUUUGUCUGGCCUUGAUUCAAACCGGGGGAUGAAACAUUCAUAUGGUGCGCAAAUUUGCCAGCAUAUGCAGCAUCCGCUUAUCAUUUUGAUAAGCGGCUUCAAAGACCAUCUCAACCAUUGACAUUUUACAACCGAGACGCUGAUGCAACAAUCAAAUUUCCAAAACAUCUUCCUCCCCAUGUUCAUCUUGAAUCUUUAUCUGCUCUGUCCAUCUGCGUCUUGAGUCAUCUCAGCCUCACCUCACACAGCUGUGCAAGUGGAGGAAAGUUUUAACGUUGCCAGCGAGUGCCGCGAUUAGAGCUCGACACAGGAAAAUGUUGUGCAAUAUUCAGGCUUUCAAGUGGUGAUGUGCUGAUGUUUCACCAUUACGUGGAAAGGAGGACAAAAACAGGACAGACGCACAGGCACACACACACACACACACACACACACACACACGUGUACGCACGUUGUGUUUGCAUUGCAACAUGCACUAACAGUUUUCUGUGUGCAUGCCAAAGCCUGCUAAUUUCUGCCAACGGUGCAGAUUGAAUCUCAAGUGGAGCCAACAUGAGAUGGUGGUGUGAUACUGUCUGUUUCUCGCUGUGUAGGAGAGGAGCAGAUUUUUUGUUGUUGUUGUUGAAAAAAGGAAAAGAAUAAUUAAACGUCAAGGAAAUGAGAAGAUGGAGGGAGUGAAAGAGAAAAAGGGAGGAGAGCUGGUGCUCGCUGCACCAGGAGGAAGCUAGGUCUGAUGCGUCUCCAUGCAGCUGUUCCCAAACACCCACACUCUUCCUGUUGGAGUGUGUGUAUCUGAGCAAGAGCUAAAAAAAAUACUAUUUUGUCUGUAGUUUUGGUGUUUUGCUUCCAUAUAUGGAAGGACAAACUCAUGUUCAGAUUUGGGUGUCUAUUUUGUGAGCAACCUCAUAUUUAUUGUCUUAAAGUUGGAAGAGACGCAUGAGAGAAGUCAUCUUCAUUAAAAUGUUGAAUUUGUGUCUGAUUCAGAUAAACAAAAAUAAUAAAAAGCUAAUAACAGGUGAUUUCAGUCAGUGGAAACAAAAGGUGAAGUAUCCACCAGAAAACGCGGCUUUCUCCGGCCCCCACUGAGGCCUUGUGUUUCUUCAAACAAAAGCUGGCCUCAAAAAACAUCCGCUGGUGGAAAAUUUGGCCUGUUGCUCAGUGAAUGGAAAGGUUUGAGGUGAGAGUGUGGCCACACUGAGGUGUCAGCAGGGUGUGUGAUUGUGUAUGCGUCGACUAUGUGUGUGUGGCAGUCUUUUCAGGUUUCGUACCCAAAGUAAUGCAACGACGUCUUUCGUGGACCGCAUUGCUGCUGCAGCUAACCGAUGGGUGUUCUGCAUCGUUGCUCACUGACCUCAGAGAAUCACCCCCAGAUGGCUCCUUCCAUAUUCUUCAGCAUAAUUUAAAUAUGAUUCACUUUUUACCAGUUUAUGGUUUCUGAUCAACAUAUGAAGAUUCGUAAUAAGAGCUGUGAGUGUUAACAAUGCUGUAAGAUCAUACACAAAAAGCCAUAAAUGUAUUAACUUUGCUGUGAAUUCCAAAUGAGCACUUUUCAAAAAAUAAAUUAUAGCAGCAGCUUGUAAAAGAGUCUUUCGUUUUGACUGACAUAAAGUCAAAGUUUUUAGCUCGGAUAAAAAUACGAAACAGCUGCCAUUUAUUCAAACAUGAACCCGUCGGUUGUAGAUCAUCGGAUUAAAAGUUGAACAGAAACUAACACGUAGAUUUGAGCUGCUGCUAGUCAUACGUCUGUUUAACAUGACGCUGUUAAUGACCAUCUACUUCACACUGCAGAUGUGUUUUAAGAAAAGGUGUGAUGGGGCUGUUAUAGUUUUCUAAGGUCAACUAAAAAAAUCUUUUGUUCAUUUGAAACUUAAAUAAAUAAAAAGCAGAUUUAUGGAAAUGUUGCUGCUGUAAUCAACUUCAUAGACUCAAUUUAAAAUGCUGUUUAUCUAAUAAACCAGGACAAAGUUGAAGUAUUUUCACGUUUCACAUUUUAUCACAUCACAACUGAAAAAUUCAGCUUAUUUCACCACAGCCUCCUUUAGUCAGUAUUUUAUAGAUCUACAUUUUGCUGCAGUUACAUCUCCAAGUGUUUCUACCAGCAUGAAACAUCUAGAAACUAAUAUUUCUGUUACAACAUUUAGAGCCUUUAACAUUUAACUAAGUUUAUCCAAAUGUGGUUUUCUGACACUUUUGAUUGCAAUCGCUCCCCUUUCAGAAUAGAAUUUUGUUUUCAUAAUUUAAGAUAUAUGUUCAAAACUUCAAAAAUAAUGCUUGUUGAAAAGGUUACAAUAAUGAAACUUUUUAUUGAGUCUUAGAAAAAAUUUAUUCCACUUUGUAAAUGAGCAACUAGUGUUAAAAUGAUCCAUUUGAAGUAAAAAAAAACAAACAAUUAGAUGUGAAUAAAUGUUAGCAGCACCAUCUGUCAAACAUACAGUAUAAUUUUUAUUGCACCUUUACAAUUAAAUAAAGGAAUUUUGCACACUUUUGUUUAAAAAAGUAAAGGUAGAGUCCCAAACAUUUGCAGUAUCAACCUCAACUGUAAAAAAACCCCUAAAAUAUCAAUUUUAAACUUUUUUUUGAGAAGCUCAGACUCAAUAUUUCAGAUCCAGAUUCCAGUCCUGAACUUGACUGAUUGCAGAAAGUAUAACGUUUAAAAUUACAGCAUAAUCAACAAAAAUACAUUUUUCACACAUUUAUAGCUAACAAACAUUCAGUGAUGCCUAAAAUCUUUGCUGGAUAAAUUUGGUUGUUAAUUGUACUUUCAUAUUUCAAACUUUUGACAUUUUUGUUGUAUUUUUGUUACUUCAGAGUAAUAACAUUAAUCAGAUUUUGUUCUUCUAAAAUCUUAAAACAAUUUUCAAUGUUAUUUCAGUCAGAUAAGUUAAUAUAUUAACAUUUGUGCAUCGUGUUCAUAAGGUAAUAGCACAUUCAUUAAUGUUUAAUAAACAGUGGAUAGCAACGUCAGAGAAUACAAUACUGUCACUAUUUAAGUACUUUGAUUACUUAUAUUACUUCUCCAUAACUAAUAUAACUGCCUGAUAAUGGUUUUGAAAGUUUUCAUAACUUCAUCAGUAACUGGUAACUGGAAGUAACUGGUUAAUUCUUACUUGUUAAACAUUUAUAAGGGGAGUUUCCAUCAAUGCUGAACAGAAAGGGUUGAUACAUGAACCUGUCUGUCCUGCAGACGGAUUAAUGAACACUUUCUCAGUGCAGUCGAAGGCAAAACGAAAAUAUUUUAGCAUAUUGGCCCCCUGUGAGAGUUAGAACCACAACCACUUUAGUCGCGUCUAAAAAUACUUAUAGCAGCCUAUUUUAGUAGUUAAAAUGUAUUAUUUCAACAAGAAAGAAUGAGAAUUAAAAGCUUCUACUUUUAGUCAUAUUGCAACAAUACAUUCAUAAAAACAUGGGAAAAAUGUUUUAUGUAAGUUAAAUUCACAAUAAUAAUGGCUCUGAAGGGGCACAGAUUUUUCUGAAAGGCUUGGAAAACCAUUUUUAGUUGUUAGGGUUAACCCAAAAAUAAGCAAACUAGCCAAAUUUUGUGCUAUUUGCACCAACACAGCCAAAGUUAUUCAAACAUAAAAAUAAAAAAACACAAGGAAAUGUCAAGAAGGACAACAAAUGAAGAAGAGAGCGUAGAAAAGCGGCCAAAUUUAGAUUUAUUACAGAUUUUUAAAAAUGAUUUCAUAUUUCAGAUAAGUCCUAAUGAGAAAUUCCCUUCUACUUCACCUGCUCUUCAUCUCUUCUGCACAUUCUGAUCUGUCUUGGCCUUAUUCAUUGACAUUUUCUUUCUGACACACACUUUUCCCCCUUGUUCUCUCAGGGCCUUGUGAGAUCAGUACAAGACACAGGAGAGUGUGAGCUGUGGUGAGCCACAGACCAAAAUAACUGGUACUUUUUUUUUUUUAUAAAACACAUGUACAUCCACCCACACAUAAAGUCACACAUGCGUGCCCCGCUUCAGACAGACACUCGCUCUCACAGAAGUUCCUUUUUGCGCGAUGAUCCCGGGGAGAGACGUGCAGCUGACUGUGCUCGGACCCUGGACGGAAGUGAAACUGUCCACAUGUGGACACCUUUUAGGAUGGAAAGUAAAAGCAAAAGUUUAAUCAACACAAAUAUUUCUUCGUAUUCCUUGACUUUCCCAGAAUUUGGCGAGACACUACCCUCCAUCUGUCUCACUUUCUCACUUGGUCUUUGUCGCCUUCUCUCGUGACAGAUCCUGCAGCCUCCCUGUCAAGCUGGCAUAGUGGCAUCAUUCUAAAACUGGUAUUAGGCAUUUCCUGCUGCGUCCGUUGGCGGGUGUAAGGGUGUGUGGGGGGGGUGUGCGUGCGUGUGUGUGUGUGUGCGCCUGUGGGCGUGCGCGCUCGUGUGUGUGCGUGUGUGUCGGGGCGGAACGCACCUGGUCCACGCAGCUGUGGGGAUCCUAGCAGGGGGGAGACAGAGAAAGAGAAAGAGAUAGAGGAAGGAGAGAAAAAAAGGAGGGAUGGGAGGAGAUCAAAAAAUGGGGCCCUGUGUGCUGUAGUGGGGACCCAUCAAGUUUAAAAAGAAUGAAGAGCAGUGGGAGAAACUGGAGGGUUUUAAGGCUGUGGCUGUGAUUUUUACACACCGAGCUGAACGAUGGAAAAACUAGAGACGCACUGAUCUGAUAUUUAUAUCUGUAUCGAUCCAGAUAUUGCAAAUAUAAAUGAUUGGGUAUCGGUCAAUGUGCCCGAUCCAUAAGGGGAUAUCUAGUUAAUCUAAUUCUAUGCUUUAUUCUCUGAGCGACAUUAAGAUUUAUUAUUUAUUCUAUAUUAUAUUCAGAAUUUGC